GUCCUGCUUCGCCACACAUUACUUCUCCGACAACCUUUGGAAAACGCGGGAAGAUCUUUCCGGUCUUCUUCCUCUCCUCUUCGGAGAGACAAUGUCGGACAGUUUUAGGGAGAUGAGCCAAAUGGAGUUUCUAUUCCAAGAAUCGGGAUACAAUGUGAACCCACUACUAGAAUAUGCAGAAGCUCAUAUAGAGGAAGAGGACUCUACUCUGAUCCAAGAGAAAAUGUGGGACAAUUUUAGGGAGAGGAGCCAAACAGGGUUUCUAUAUGAGGCAUCAGGAUACAACCUGAACCAACUAGAGAAAAAUGCAGAAGUUUAUAUGGAGGACUCUCCUUUGUUUGCAGAAGUAGGUCCAGUCUUCUCAGAGAUGGAAGAUGAAAUUAUGUGGCUGCAAAUUUUAUUAGAAGAACCCAAACGUAACAUAGUCGAUGCAAUCUUGGAUAUUAGCACUCUCUAUGCCAACCAAUAUCUACAUGAUUCUGCCUAUUGCUAUGCAGAUGAUGAGGUGCUGCGCUCAAGUUUUACUGAAGAUCAUAAAACUGUAGAACAGUAUAUGGAUGGACCGUCAGAAGAAAAUUGUGACUUUGUUGCAUGUGAAGACUCUCUGUUGGGUAAACAGAUUGGUAUGAUGCUUGAUGAAACCGGUCAAAAUCUAGACACAGUUUUCAACCAGGAAAUGUUUGGAGGAGACACACAGUUUGAUGACUGCUAUGUUGGUUUUGAUGGAAGAAACUGUGGUGGUUGUGGUGAGGCGUUAAGGUUGUCUAUGCCAGCAAAUGUAGUAAACAAAGGGGUUGAAGUCUCACCCACAACUGAGGACCUCCUUAGAGCAUCUUCGACUCCCUUUUCUAGUGUAUUCAAUUUCAAAAGAAAGCAAAGGGUGAAACGUGCGAAAAUGAAACGAAAAGUCUCUUCUUGUGAAUCCUUCCAAAACUUGUGUUUUCUGCUAGGAAAGAAUUCUGAAUGCGACCCCAGAGAAGAAGGACCUAGAGUACCAUUUUUGGCUGGAGACGAGGAUUUUCAAGGCUAUAAUAGAAUUUCCCUUCCUCCUACCAAGGACAUGGCCAUCAAGAAUAAGCGACACGCUUCGGAGGAUGACUCUCCAGUUGAGUUGGAGGAAGAUGAUGACGAAACUUAUCACUUAGACGAGUCUGAUGGGACCCAUGCAUCUGAACCUGAACAGAAGAGGACCAAAAGGGUGAAUGUGAAACCAAGAACCCACAAGUUCUGGACUCUAACAGAAGUGAUAACUCUGGUGGAUGGCGUCUCCACGUACGGUGUGGGAAGAUGGACUGACAUUAAGAGGUCCUUUUUCACCAUGUCCCCUCAUCGCAGUCCCGCAGACCUGAAGGACAAAUGGAGAAAUCUCCUGAAUGCAAGCCGUGGAACAUCGGGAAAGAAAAAGCAGGUGAGCGCAGAAAGGGGAAUGCGAGCCGCGAUUCCUCAGCAGGUUUUACGCCGGGUUCGUGCUUUGGCUGCCCUGCAUCCAUACCCAAGGAGGAAAUACGCCAAACGGUCCCUUUUAAACUGAUACAUACAUAUAUACAGCCUAUACUAGAGAGAAGACCAAUAGAGCAUCCGGUGAGAAAGGUUAAUCAAAUGGUGAAUAGAUAUGUGGUUAGGGG